AGCUCCGGGUGGCAAACGGGGUGAAGUGAGGACGUGGGCGAGAGGAAGUCGAGGCGCAGGAGCGUCAGAAACACUGUCAGCGUCCCUUGUUCUUUGGAGGCUGUCCCGACGUGGGGGUGGGGGCUGGUGGCUGGUGGGCACCGCGCGAUGGACUUCCAAGUUGCCCGGGCACAGCUGGAGGUCAGGAGUGCAGGGCCCCCCGAGGGUCGGUACCCGGUGGUCCCAAGUGCCCACGAGAGGCCCGCGGCGCCCAGGACCGCAUGGUGCGCUCGGAGCUCACAGAGCUGCCAAGAAGCCAAGCAGAAACCCUGAUGGGCCCGGGGGCUGGUUGGCUGGGGCGCAGAGGCAACGCGGACUCCGAGCGCCUUUCGUUUUAAGGAGCCUUACUUCUGGGAAGGGACAGGGAACUGUCAAUCAGCGAGGGAGGGAGCGCACCGGCUCCGGGUGAUGUCAGCGGAUCAGCUGCUCGCUAACAAAGAGGGGGUAUUACAGGAGAAAGUUGCGGCGGCGGCGGCCUCGGCGGCACCCCGGAGCCUCGGAGGAGAGGGGCAAGGUUCAGCCCCAGCGCUCGCCCAGCCGCCCGAGCACCCGGAGGGACGGGAGGCAGCCGCGCGGCCCCGAGCUGGGCAGGGUCCCCAGGCGCCAUGGAUAGCGACGACGAGAUGGUGGAGGAGGCGGUGGAAGGGCACCUGGAUGACGACGGAUUACCCCACGGGUUCUGUACAGUCACCUACUCCUCCACGGACAGAUUUGAGGGGAACUUUGUUCACGGAGAAAAAAACGGACGGGGGAAGUUCUUCUUCUUUGAUGGCAGCACCCUGGAGGGCUACUAUGUGGACGACGCCCUGCAGGGCCAGGGUGUUUACACGUAUGAGGAUGGCGGCGUUCUCCAGGGCUCCUAUGUGGAUGGAGAGCUGAAUGGUCCGGCUCAGGAAUACGACACAGACGGGAGACUGAUCUUCAAGGGACAAUAUAAAGAUAAUAUUCGGCACGGAGUAUGCUGGAUAUAUUUCCCAGAUGGAGGCAGCCUUGUAGGAGAAGUAAAUGAAGACGGGGAGAUGACUGGAGAGAAGGUAGCUUAUGUGUACCCCGAUGAGAGGACUGCACUGUAUGGAAAAUUCAUCGAUGGAGAGAUGAUAGAAGGAAAGCUGGCUACCCUGGUGUCCACUGACGAAGGAAGGCCCCACUUUCAACUGACGCCCGGAAGUUCGGUGUACCACUUCGAUAAGUCAACUUCAUCUUGCAUUUCUACCAGUGCUCUUGUUCCAGAUCCAUAUGAAUCAGACAGGGUUUAUGUUGCUGAAUCUCUCAUUUCCAGUGCUGGAGAAGGACUAUUCUCAAAGGUAGCAGUGGGACCUAAUACUGUUAUGUCUUUUUAUAAUGGAGUCCGAAUUACACACCAAGAGGUUGACAGCAGAGACUGGGCCCUUAAUGGGAACACCCUCUCUCUUGAUGAAGAAACGGUCAUUGAUGUGCCUGAGCCCUACAACCACGUGUCCAAGUACUGUGCCUCCUUGGGACACAAGGCAAAUCACUCCUUCACUCCAAACUGUACCUACGACAUGUUUGUCCACCCCCGUUUUGGGCCCAUCAAAUGCAUCCGCACACUCCGAGCUGUGGAAGUCAACGAGGAGCUCACCGUGGCUUAUGGCUAUGACCACAGCCCCCCAGGGAAGAGUGGGCCUGAAGCCCCCGAGUGGUACCAGGUGGAGCUGAAGGCCUUCCAGGCCACCCAGCAGAAGUGAGGGGCCAGGCUCUGGGCUUCAGAGACCGGCAGUCGAAACUUGGAUCUAUGCACUUCGUGUAUCCGACAACGGAACAACCAGGGACUCGUGCUGUGACAUCACGUCCUCUCACUCUGCGUUCACAACAACUUUCUCGCAUACUAACUAGGUUUGACUGUAUUACUCAUACCAGAUUUAAAAUUAGCUAGCCCUGCAACAACGUCCUACUGAGAGGGAUUGUCGAGCACUUGAAUAAGACAGCAUGAUGUCCUUGGGUGGUUCAAUUCUAAAUCUGUACCACAUUCAGAGAUGCCAAAUGAUGAGACUGAAAAAGGGAAAGGAGGGUUUUCAGUCAUUUUUAGUCCGUGGUUUUUCCAUGCUGUUUUUUCCUAUGGUCAAUGCAAACUGUGUUGUCAUCACACUUGCAGAUGUGCCAUAUGGAAGAGAGAAUUACUACAUUUUUAUUCUCUAAAUGUAGUAUAAUUUGCCUUUUAACCUUUGAUCUGUAUCUUGCAAUAGAAUGGCUUUGUUCUUUUUCCUAGCGAACAGAACCCCACUCUUUGGGUCACUUCACCCCUCAGUCCUGUUCUCUAUCUGAGCUACCUUUUACAAGAGAAAACUUCCCAAUGGAUUUUGUGUCAGUGCCAGUGUGUAGGUCUCUCUGGCUCUUUCUAUAUCAUUGCUUCCUUAUUAUGUCCUGAUAUAAAUAACUGGCUCAUAGGGCCGGGGUAUUAUUAUAGAAUUAUUAUUCUCGCAUGUAAACAAAGAUAUCUUUGCUUUAAGAUGAGAAGAGUUUACUUUGUUUGCAUUA